AAUAUGCAGAAGUGCAGAGUUUGCGGCAAUGCAGAUUUUUAUAAAGAAGCUGGUUAUUUCUUCUGUAUAACAUGUCAAACGCAAAACGAGGAUAUAAGAGAGGAAAUUCUUGAAUUACGUGUAGAUAAUUCUACAAAACUACGGAAAACAAAAAUUAAGAAAUUGGGUUCAAGCAAAUCAGGUGAAGAGCUUGGAUGGACUUCGUGGGAAUUGUACAAUUUUGUUUUAAUUGGACUGACAAAUGAGCUCAUAGAGCUUGGAGUUCCACCUGAUAUAAAACUAACAGUAUUACAAUUAUGGACCACAUAUUUAGGCAAAGUUGAAGUGGCAUUUAUCUCCACAAAAAAGAAAUACAUGCCAAAAUUAGCUAGAAGAUAUAAGAAAAGGGAUGCUGAAAUUAUUUAUGGCAAGGUGCAAUCUCAAAAAAGGAUCAGGAAACGUAGAAGAACUGGAAGCAGUAUAAAUACUUCUCUUAUUUCUGGUGGUCCAAGUGAAGGAAGCUCUAAGAGAGAAUUAAAUAGGAAUAAAAGGCUGUUAGCAUCUGCAGAUUAUAAUAAAUACCUUCAGUCUCAAGGUAGUUUUGAAGGUGAUGGUCUCAGUUUAUUUAGUCAAAGUGUAUACAGUGUCCAAUCUAGCUCUGUAAAAUCUUCAGACAAUGAAGGGAGAGUAAAGUUUAGUUCUCAUGCUAAAGAAGAAGCAAAAAAAAUUAAUAGGCUAUCUAAAAAUGUACCUAGAUUUGAAAGAGUUAAAUACAAAGCAAAGCACAUAACUACACAAUAUAAAAUAGGACCACAUAUGAUUACACCUAUGCGGUUGUGGGCAAUUAUAUACCUAGCUUUACGAAUUCGGAAUCACCCUAUACAAUUAGGAGAUAUGUUAAGGUAUGGAAAAGAAGGGCAUUUAUCUUACUAUAAGCUAGACCAUUUACUGCCACCAGAAAUAAGUAUAAGUGCUAGUGAAAGAAAGUUUUUAACACAAAAUGUUGAAAUUACGCACAAAGGAAUGAGACGAAUUAUCGCAAGUAUAGCGAAACUUCUUGGUGUAUGGGACAUAAUUUGCCCCGAUUUUUCAUCUUUAGUCUGUAGAUAUUGUCAAGAAUUGGGAUUACCAAGAGGUAUUCAAAUGUAUGCAGAAAGACUAAUAGCUUUAUCACCACCUAAAUUAACCUUUGAUGCAAAGAAAUCCUAUAUCCCAAAUUAUGAGGGUCGUGCAAUAGCAUUUAUUAUAGUAGUGCUAAAAACUUUGUUUGCUUUAGAUGAUAUAACAGAAUGUCAAAUAAGUAGGAUUGCAGAGAAAAUUAACAGCAUAGCCAUAGAAGGAAGCUUACUUAACGAAAAACUGUUCAGUUUCCAAGAAUGGCAAAGAUAUAUUGAAUGCAGAAAGGCUAUUCUAGUGCAAGCACAUUUUCCAACUAAAGUUAAAUAUAGUCCGAACUUGGAUGAAAUCGAUGAUUUAUAUUUAAAAUUUACGGAAUUUAUAACUUCUAAAUCAAAUAAAACUGAACAAGAUGUAAUAAACUCUAAACAUCAUUUACCAAAAGAGCUUGUAAGUGCUUUGAUAAAACAUAUAAGCAGUUUAAAUACAAAUGACACAUCACAGCAGCCAAUGGACAUAUUUCCACCGUCCUUAACGCCACUUCACUCAUACUUUCAACAUUUACUGGAUACUCCAUUCUAUGAUGUUCCUACUAUAGCAAGGCAUGAUUUUUUUCAUACAAAAGUUGGGUAUAUGACAAAACCUGAGAUUCUGAAAGAACUAGCAAUGAAGUGUGCCAUCGACUUAGAAAUAAAAGAUUGGGGUUUACAUUUUCUCGAAGCACUAAAGCAGCUCGUUGAUGUGCAAGAUGAUUUGAAAGAUCAUGUUAUAAAUGAAAGUGAAAGUGUAAAUGAUUAUCUCCAUGCUAAAAUACCAUGUAUCAUUAAACUUGAUGACACUAAAAGACAGUAUUACGAUAGUAUUAUAAGUAGGACGAAUUUAAAGAACGUCGACGACAAAGAUGAUAUUACUUUUUCCGAAAUCUUGCCAAAUGGGAAAUUAGCAAUCCCUAUUGAUAGCGAUAGCGAAAAUGAAGAAGAAAAAAAUUUAAUCGGUAACAUUUAUUCAGAGAUGACGCUGUUGAAAAACAAAGUUUGUGAUAAGUACAAUCUACAUUUAUCGUUCCCAGAAAAAGAAUCUAUUCGUAAUUUGGACACGAUGAGAAAAAUCAUGUUUAAAAGACCAAAGACUCAGCUUGAGCGAAAUACCAAGGGUCAGUUUGUUAAAGGAAGUGCUAUAAAAAUUGAAGAAAACAGAAGCGAUGUUUUCGCUACAGAAACAAGCGUGACAAGUGAUAAACGCGACGACAUUGAAAGUAUCGCAAAUGCAGAAUUCUUAAUGGCUGACGAUUUAAAUUUUAGCGACAUUGACCUUGAUGAUAUAAACAUCACAACUAAUUUUUUAAACACGGACGAAUAUAUUAAUUUAAGUGACAUUUCAUUUCUCAGCGAAAAUCAGGACUUCUUUGCACAACCCCUAGGAAGUAAGUCAAAAAAUGUAGACAACGAGACGUACAAAUUUUUCCGACCCUUCAAGGACUACUGGAUGUAUCACUGUAUCUUUAGCCGCGUAAAACAGAAAAAUUUCGCAAUAUUCGAAAAAUCGUUACCUAGAUCCUUUCGUUGGUUGUUAAACGAGUGCGCGUGUAUCGUGGAAAUGUCCAGGGAAGAUUUAUACGAGGAAGUAUGCUUAAUCGAAAUUUAUCACUCGCAAAUUUUAAAAUGCAACUCGAAAAACGACGGUCCUGGCAACGCAAAUCCAAUAUCGAAAAAUCAAUUAAACAUUAUCUUAAAGAAAUGGUAA